CAAAAAUGACUUGAUAUAGGCACUUAUAUGUUAAUUCUUCUAUAGUAUGGCUGCUGCAAAUGCUGGACGCAUUGACUAUACACAGCCUGGACCCAUUGACGACUCGGUGUUGACACAGCAGGCGACGCAUCGGUCCGAAGCUAUUUGGAAUGGGCGGGAUCCAGGGUCCAUUACCUACCGUAGUCGUAGUUCAGAGUUCUCCAAGCAACCUCCAAUGGUGGACGACCGAGUGAGGAACAUCAUCACCACAGUUGGUUUGGAGGGACUCCUGUGGGUCCCGGGUAGAGAGAUUGACAAUGGCCUGAUAACGGCCUUAGUGGAGCGAUGGCGGCCCGAGACUCACACCUUUCACAUGCCACAUGGUGAGGUGACCAUCACAUUGCAGGAUGUGGAGGUUCUUCUCGGGCUUCCUGUUGAUGGUGAUGCUAUAACAGGGAGCACACAAAAAACUUGGGUGGAUGUGUGCCGGGACUUCCUUGGCUUUCAACCUGUAACUCAAAACAAUCAUAAGCAACUUGAUGGGCAAAGGAUUCUCAUCAACCGCCUUUUGGAGGAAGUUGCUAACUCAUUGCCGCCUGAUGCUGAAGAGGAUCAGCUGCAUAAGUACGCACGAUGCUACAUCCUAGCGCUAUUGGGGGACACAAUAUUCAUGGACAAAUCUGGCGAUAGGGUGCAUCUAAUGUGGGUGUAG